CAUCCGCCUGGAAAGGGGGGGAAGUUUGAUCCUCUUUCUCACGGAUCGCAGUCAACGGGAGUUUCUUCUCCCAACUCUUUACGCAUAGGAUUUUUCCCCGUUUGGCUUGGGUGGUUUUUUUAUUUUAGGAUUUUUCGCAAAAACGUGGUAAUUCUCGACACGGUGUCUGCAGCUUGCGCGCUCCGCUAAACUGGAUUUUAAUUUGCUUUUCUGUUUUCUUCCCGUCUCCUAAGUUUGCUUCAAGCUCACGACUAUGCUGCUUGAUAGCGGUCCGCAGUUCGCAUCGUUAGGAGUGGGGGGUUUCGGGACACCACGGCACCACGAAAUCGGGAACAGAGACCCGAGUCUGGGACUGAAUCCCUUCACCGAUUCCUCUCACUCCGCAGCUUUCAAAAUCAGCCCCGUUGCUCACGACAUCGCCUCCAGCCAGACAUCAGCUUUCACCCCGCAAGCCACUGGAUAUGCUGCAGCCCUGGGACACACUCACGGCGGGCAGGUGGGCUCGUACGGCGGGGGAGCGUUCAAUUCAACACGGGACUUUCUCUUCCGGAACCGGAGUGUCGGAGAGUCCGCGGCGCCGAGCGCCCAGCAUGGGAUCUUUGCAGCGUCGGCGGGGAGCCUCCACGGACCGCCCGGGAUCCCCGACAACCCCGGACAUCUGUUGUUUCCAGGACUUCACGACCAGGGGGUGAGCCACACUUCACCGAGUGGACAUGUAGUUAACAGCCAAAUGCACCUUGGCUUACGCGGGGACAUUUUCGGAAGACCCGAUCCGUACCGUUCAGUCGCAAGCCCUCGGACGGACCCCUACGGGGCUCAGCUCCACAACUACAACCAUCCUAUCAAUAUGAACAUGGGGAUGAAUGUGCCGACACACCACGGUCCCGGGGCCUUCUUUAGAUACAUGAGGCAGCCGAUUAAACAAGAAUUAUCCUGCAAAUGGAUAGACGAGAACCAGAUGAACAGACCCAAAAAGACUUGCGACAGGACUUUCAGCACCAUGCACGAGAUGGUCACUCAUGUGUCCAUGGAGCAUGUCGGCGGCCCCGAGCAGAGCAACCACGUCUGCUACUGGGAGGACUGCCCGAGAGAAGGGAAGUCUUUUAAGGCCAAGUACAAACUCGUCAACCACAUCCGCGUGCACACGGGCGAGAAACCGUUCCCAUGCCCGUUCCCCGGAUGUGGGAAAAUAUUCGCCAGGUCGGAGAAUUUGAAAAUCCACAAAAGAACACAUACAGGUGAGAAGCCGUUUAAGUGUGAAUUUGAUGGCUGUGACAGACGCUUCGCCAACAGCAGCGACAGGAAAAAGCACAUGCAUGUGCACACAUCAGACAAGCCAUACAUCUGCAAAGUGUGCGACAAGUCAUACACACACCCCAGCUCUCUCAGGAAACACAUGAAGGUACACGAGUCUCAAGGAUCUGAAUCGUCUCCAGCAGCAAGCUCUGGAUACGAGUCGUCCACGCCGCCAGUGCUGGUCUCAGCCAGCAGCGAAGACCCGACAAAAACACCGCCGUCAGCCGUACAAAACACGUCUGGCCACAGCGAAGGACUGGCACCCAACUUUAAUGAAUGGUACGUUUGAAGUCAGAGGAACAAGCUCGCCCUCAAUGUGGACCACGGGGUUGAGGAUAAAUGAGGCUAAAAACCUUAAAAAAACUAUUCCUGUUCACUUAACACAUACACACACGCGCGCACACACACACACACACACACACACAAAUGGGAUUGGGACAACAACAACAACAACAACAACAGGAGAUGAGAGCAAAAGCCAGCACCAAGCAGGCCACGACCGUUCUCAGGAUCACGAAAUUUGACUUUUAUUCCGCAGUUUUGAGUAAAUCAAAUAAAUCACGAAUAAAUAAACUUAAUACUUUCUCAGUAUAAAUGUUUUUUUUAUCUUUUAGUUUACAGAUUUCAGAAAAAAAUGUUUUAUUUUUCAUUUUAUGUAUUUUCUCAAAUUUUUAUUUAAAAAAAAGAAUAAAAAAGGAAGAUUAUUUCAUGCUGUUUUUUAUGACGGUGACAGGCUUAUUGUCGCCUCUUCAAUUGAUUGUUGGAACUUCAAACAGUCUUAAGAAACGUGCCAAAGUCUUUGUCAUGAACUUGAACACAGAAAAAAAAAAAAUCAUAAAUAAAUAUUAUACUCGUGAAUGUAUUUCCUUGUUUGAUGGGGUCGAAUCUGUUGUCAACGUCCGUUUUCAGGUGGAGAAAUGUGGUAUUAGGUUACGAUUGUUACCGUUGAAUAUAACGUUGCCUUUUGUUAAUACCGUUGUAAAUACAUAUCCAUGAUGCCAUAUUUAUCAAUUUGUAAUUUAAUUAUGGGUAUAAGUUCUGAAACUUAAAUGAUAUUUAUGGAAAUGUUUUCUAACAAGAACUGUACAGUUUUGGUCAUAACCAGCUUAACAUUGAACAAAUGAUAAACCCUAAAGCUCCAACAUUGCGAUUGUAUUCUUCUGUUUUUUUUUUCCUUUUUAACCAAUAAGCCUAC